AGCCGGCUUGCUGUCUCCGCCUCUCAACAACAACACAGAAGCGACCUCAGCCUGCCAGCCUCUACCCCGAACCCCCGUCCACGUUCAGCCCCCGAUCGCACGCCAUUACUUCAAGUCAACGCGAACAUGUCCACGAAAUGCCCAAAAUGUUCUCUUUAACUCGGACGGCGGUGAAGUAGUUCCACUUCUCAAGUCUGACAGGCAGGAGUUAGCGUCGCCGGGGAAGUUUUUCCACCCCGGUUUUUGCUCAAAAAGAUCAGCUCUGAGGGGAGAGGAGCACGCGUAUGAUGUGGAUCUGGUACAUUCUACUCGGCUCCAGGACAGUUGAGAGCCAGCUGCUUCCAGGGAAUAACUUCACCACAGAGUGCAACAUCCCUGGAAAUUUCAUGUGUGGAGAUGGGAAGUGUGUCCCAGGAGGGUGGCAAUGUGACGGAUUGCCCGAUUGCUUCGACAGGAGUGACGAGAGAGGCUGCCCUAAAGUCAAGUCAAAGUGUGCACCUACUUUCUUUGCCUGUGCCAAUGGGGUCCACUGCAUCAUUGGACGUUUCCAGUGUAAUGGUUUUAGUGACUGCCCUGAUGGGAGUGAUGAAGAAAACUGCACAGGUAACCCCUUGGUGUGUUCUGAGGCCCGCUUCAAAUGUCGAAACGGCCGCUGUGUAGACCGGAGUUUUUUGUGUAACGGUCAGGACAACUGUCAGGAUAACAGUGACGAGGAGCUCUGCCUGAGUACAGAAGAAGCUCCCGGCCAGGACUUUGUGACGUUGGACUAUCGUCUGCGGUACUACCCCAGCAUCACUUACGCUGUCAUCGGGAGUGCCAUCAUCUUCGUUUUGGUUGUAGCGUUGUUGGCCUUGGUGCUUCAUCACCAAAGAAAGAGGAGUGUUCUGCUUCCCACUGGUGUAAGAGGAGGCCCUCACCACCACCAACCGUUGCUGCUGUCCCGCUUGGUCAUCUUGGAUCACGGCCACAUGCAUCCUGGUGAUCCAGGGCUCUCUCCUCCUGGUUCCCCAUCUUCAGCCAACCAGCAUAGCUCAUCUACUCAGAUGCUACAAAUCCUGUCUGAUACUCUUUGUCCUACUGCACAGCCAGUGGAGACGCCUCCAUCAUACUCUCAGGCCGUCAUGGAUGUCAGUCGCCCUCCCUGGUUUGAUCUCCCACCUCCUCCUUACCUGUUAGAUGGGGACGAAGCUUCUGAGGGAACCCUGGCCCACAAUGAGAGCCCUUCUGCGUCGCCCACCCUCAGAACUAUGUCCUCAAACAGUCAGUCCAGUUCAAAUUUUAGACAGAUAGCGGAUCAGCUUUAGCCAAUCUCUUACUGCCUCACUGUUAGCUAUUGCAGGACUGCACAGCCGCACAUUCCACAGCGCAGACCUGAUGACAACGCACCUACUAAAGACUGAACAACUCCUUUGAGAAAUCACUUCAUCCUGAAACUCAGUUUUGUGUGUUGGCUUCCCCUGGUGGACGUUUUUGCAGAGCUGCAUGCAGUAUCCUUCAUUUUAAAACAGUGGUUCUUAACCUGGGUUCGAUCAAACCCUAGGGGUUCGGUGAGUCAGUCUCUGGGGUUCGGCAGAGCCUCCUCUGUAGAGAGGACCGAACACACCUGAUUUAUCGUGUAAAUUUGUGAUGACUCGUAUCUGAACUGGUCUCACAAAGGCAACAGCAGAAGUCAUGCUGAUUUGCAGGUAUGUAAUUUGUUUUGAGUUCAUGCAUUGUGUUGGUUUUGUUCUUUGAACAAGGGGAUGUUCAUACAUAGCUCAUUUUGUGCACCAGUAAAAACAUUGAUGUCUUGAAUUUGAAAAAAAUAUAUUAAUUCUUCACCAAAGAGGGGUUCGGUGAAUGCCCAUAUGAAACUGGUGGAGUUCGGUACCUCCGACAAGGUUAAGAACCUCUGUUUUAAAACGAGUCCUAAGUGCAUGUCAGUUGAAUUUGAUUCCACAGUCAAAGGUACGAGAUAUUUUCUAAACUACUGACCACAGCCUCAGAGAAUAAUCUCCAUUAAAACUGUCUUAAGAGUGCCAAUAAGAUGCUUUCACUGUAUCUUGGUUUUUAUAAGGUUCUGGUACAUGCAAAAGAUGCAUCAAACCUUCCAUUUAAUUUCACCCUCAGGAUAUUUCCAGGUUGUGUUCCCAUGUAGUGCUACAUCGAAAAUGGAGGUGUACGUAAAGCUUUAUGUAGCUGAAUUCAUUCCCUAUUCUUUCCCCAAGAACUAGGAAGCCUUUGAGGAGCCUUGUGUUUUGACAACCCUCGCCCUCAAAUAUGCUCUUUCCUCCUGAUUUGUGACAGAUGUUUUGAUUUCUCAGUUUUUUUCAGUGGUACACACAGAAUCUUGGGUAGAUGUAAAUGAUAUGAGUAUCCUCCCAAAAAAAGGGAAAAGACCAUCAGCACUCAAAUGCAGCCUCAAAAUCAGUACAUGGUACUGUCAGCAAGACGCAAAAGUGUUAUCAUUUCCCUUGAUGGAAACACACUUUGAUGGCACCUCAGUAAAUCACCUUUGCAAUAUUUUGUGUGUGUGUGUGUUUUAAAUGUUAAAAGACUCCAAUAGAAGGAUGAAAUAUUCAAAUAUACAGUAUUUAAAACCUGCUAUUCAGUUAAUCUUCAGAACUCUGUAUUGUUGCCUUAUUUGUGUGAGUGCAGCAUGAAUUUCACAAGGGCUUUCAAGGAUUUUCCAAUUAUCCAUUAGCCUUCUAACACAAUCAGCAAACACAAUGGACCAUUAGAAAACUGGAGGGAUGAUUGCUGGAAAAAGGCCUUUACACACCGAUGUAGAUUAUGCAUUAAAAAAACAGACGUUUGUAAGUAGAAUAGACAUUUAUCACAUGAACAAUGUAUAGAGUGUAUUCCUGAUUAGUUUCAUAUUAUUCUCAUUGAAAAAUAGUUUAAACAUUUUAAAUACAGGGACAUUUCCCCAAACUUGUGACCCCAAACUUUUGAAGGCUAUAAUUAUAUAUAUAUGUAUACACACAUAUACGUACACACAUACACACUCACUAAAACGACCCCUCAUUUAACUAAAGCAUUCCUCAAAUAACAAUAAAAAAAACGCUUCUCGUCCAUUUCAGUCUGAAGACCACCCGUGUUAUGUUGACAAGUUGCAAUUAUGUGUUUGUUGAAGUUUUUUUAUUUUAUAGCAAUAUGUAGUACUUUUACUACAGCUAAAUAAUUUUGAUAGCACUCUUGCUCAUAAAAAUGACAAUGGUGUCUCUGUACCCUAUCAUCAUAUGGUUCAGUGGUCUAUAUUGGCGAGCCUGCCUGGCUACAUCUCGUCAUUACCGCUUGCAUAAUAUUAUGUACUUGCAAAGGUGUAAAUGACUUGUCAAAGGUACUGUAUUUGCUUUUGAAAUGAACAGUGUUUAGAUAAAAACAGUAUUUAAUGAUAUGCCUUUAUUCCAUUAUCUGAAAAUGGAAAAUAAUUGUAGUUUGAAUCUUCAACAGACAUGCACUGCUGAUAAACUGAUACGAAAACAAUAAUAUGCGAUAUUGUUUGAAAUUGCACAUGCUGGGGAAAGUUCACCUUCAAUGUUUCAAUGACAUGAAGGAUCUGUUUAUAUGUAUGUGUUUAUCACGUGUUCUUUAUCUUCAAUGCUGUAAAGAAAAAGUACAGCAUAUACUUUGUAAUACCAAACAAGUUCAUAUAACUAAAGCAACUUUCCAUACCAAAGGAACAA